GUCUUCUACAAGCAGCCGCGGUGUGCGGACGUCGCGUCGCGCGUCGCAGAGCGGUGGUGGUCGCAACCUCGGACCGUACGGCAAGGUAGUCAUGAACUGCAUCACUGCAGUUCCGCAAUGAUCUGCCGAGUCGAGGUCCGGGAAAUGAGCUUGUAGAAGGCCGCCAAUCCUCAAAAUUUUUCACCGAACAGGAGUUUUGCUUAAAAUUGAUCUGCCGCUGGCCAAUACUACCCUAUUAAGGAGGACCAUCAUCUGCCAUCAUCCAGCGAGCUAUGAAAGUAGCAGGAAAUAUUCUGGAAUGUUAGGCCAGCCACAGCAUCAUCUUCAAAGAACAUUGUUGCCUUGUGUUGCAACAUCCUUCGCCAUCUUCCAGCGAGCUAUGAAAGUAGCAGGAAAUAUUCUGGAAUGUUAGGCCAGCCACAGCAUCAUCUUCAAAGAACAUUGUUGCCUUGUGUUGCAACAUCCUUUGCCAUCUUCCAGCGAGCUAUGAAUGUAGCAAGAAAUAUUCCGGAGUAUUAGGCCAGCCGCAGCGUCGUCUUCAAAGAACAUUGUUGCCUUGUGUUGCAACAUCCUUUGCCAUCAUCCACCGACCUGUGAAAGUAGCAAGAAAUAUUCUGGAAUAUUAGACCAGCCGCAGCAUCAUCUUCAAAGAACUUUGUUGCCUUAAUAUGCAACAUCCUUUGCCAUCUUCCAGCGAGCUAUGAAAGUAGCAAGAAAUAUUCUGGAAUGUUAGGCCAGCCACAGCAUCAUCUUCAAAGAACACUGUUACCUUAUUAUGCAACAUCCUUUGCCAUCUUCCAGCGUGCUAUGAAAGUAGCAAGAGAUAUUCUGGAAUGUUAGGCCAGCCACAGCAUCACCUUCAAAGAACAUUGAUGCCUUGAGUUGCAACGCCCUUCGCCAUCUUCCAGCGAGCUAUGAAAGUAGCUAGAAAUAUUCUGGAAUGUUAGGCCAGCCGCAGCAUCAUCUUCAAAGAAUAUUGUUGCCUUAUUAUGCGAAUCCUUUGCCAUCUUCCAGCGAGCUAUGAAAGUAGCAAGAAAUAUUCUGGAAUGUUAGGCCAGCCGCAGCAUCAUCUUCAAACGACACUGCUACCUCGUGUUGGGUCGUCAUCAUUUGCUUCAUCUUCAUUUGCUUCUACAUCCUGGCCUUAGCUAUGUCAAGAGUAGAAAAACCUAAGUCCAGCCGGCCAUCUGGUAACUCCGAGAUCCAGGAGGGCAGUGUUGCCAAGAUUCUGGCCUCGAGAGGGGUCACUAUGACCCGUGUGCAGGCCUCUCCAAGCCAACAAAACCUGGCGGUGGCUAGACAGGUAAGGAACCAAUUUGUGCCUCAGGGAAGGAGUGUGGGCAGGAGACCACCACCGUUGGUAGACCUAGCCAAAGACACACCAACACCAUCAAAGAACUACCAUCUGAACCGUGGCAGCCGUGGCAGCCUGCCAUACCAGUGUAAUGUGUGUAACGCUCAGUAUCCAACGCUACGAAGAAUGUUGCUACAUAAGCAGACCUUUCACAAGGAGGCCCAAGGCUCAGAGAUGGCUCUGCCUGUUGUGGACAUGAAGCAGCCAGGCAUCAGUCAGAAGCUGUCAUCUUUGGGCAUCCGUCACUGUCUGGUGGUGGCCAAUUCUUCUGGUGGAUUAUUUGGUCUGCCGAUCGUCCCCAUUGACAACAUUCGCAAUCAAGCGGUUUGCAACCUCGGAGCCCUAGGAGCCAGUAACGUCCUCAACCUUGGGCCUACUAAAACUCUCUCUCAAUAGUAUUCGCUAAAUUGUUUGUUCUCAUUCUUAUAAAAGACUAUGUGUAUGUAAAGACUAGUCCUGUAAAUAUGUGUUCUACAUCUGAAUUGUAUUUUAUAUAUUAUGUUUUAAUAAUGUGAGCUGUUUUUCUUUAAUUGCUCAAAGACAGUGCAAUAAAACUUGUGAUUUAUUUUUCAAC